UCGAUCGGCUCGUCCGAUCACCCACCACGUGUCCUAUCUUCGCCUCCUCCCCUCUGCUCCGUCUCCUUCUCCCUCGGUCUCUCUUUCUGAGGAAGCCGACGACGACGGCUCAGACUCUCCGCCAUCUCCCUCUCCUUCUUGCUCCCUCUCUGCCACCCCGUCACCCCCGCCAUCGCCAUGAGCUUCGCCAUUGAGCGAGCUUUCGGUAAUCAGUUGCUGAUGCCACGGGGAGAGAUCUCAGCCAUCCGCCAAGUGCAUCAUCCGCGGAUCAGCCCCGACUUCAUGCGCCUUGCGCAGUAUUUCUGCACUGCGGGUGUGUACGGCGCGGCGGAGUUCCGGUUCACGAGCAAUCCCCAGGUGGUGGUGCUGGCCGAGGCAACGGCGUUCCAACGCGAGUACCUGGACGUCCACAGCCUAACUAAUCCUCGCUUCUUUCGGCAACCAACGGCGUUUGAGUGGGCGGCGCUGAGAGCAGAAGAGGAAGCAGAAGAGGAUUCAGAAGGAGAAUUAAGGAGAGAGGCCGGGGAAGCAGCGGCCCGGUUGGCCGAGGACGAGGAAGAAGAACGCGAAGCAGAAGAAGAGUCGGCGAAAGCUGAAGAAGAAGAAGAAGAAGAAGAAGACGCAGAGGAGGAGACUCUGGAAGAAGAGAAGGAAGCCUAUAGUGAGCACGACGAGGGCAAACUAAGUGAGGAGGAGGACGAAGACGACGACGAAGAAGUGGAAAGCGGAGAUGACCAGGAGCCAACGCACGACGACGAGCUCGAACAUCCUUGGUGCAGAUCACAGAGGAGCGGCGUAGGUUCCUCGGGAAGGUGGGAUUCAGAGAAGACGAGCCCGAGACAGCGAAGUAGGAGACCCACUCCCACGACUUGUCGUUUAUCGAUGCGCUUGCGGACGUCGACAGCAGUUGACAGAGGCGAAGAAAAAUGCGUCCUCUUUGGUGUCCCCUUUACAGCAAAAGAUCACUGGCAGAUAAUGCGCAAGUCCUUGCACGGUAACGGGCGCGGGAGGCCAGCAUGCGGAGCAGCACCGCAACAGCGAUGGGGAUUUGAGGGGAGAGUUCCUUGGCAACAGCAACUAUGGCAGCAUGGCAGAAGACGAUGGACUGUGACGAAAGUCGGCUCCGCGGAAGGGGCCAAUGCAAGCGUUCUGGUGCAGUCACGGGUGGAGAGGAAUUGGAGAAAAGAGGAGGAGGAGGAGGAGGAGGAGGAGGAGGAGGAGGCCGUAGAAGUCUGGGAAGGGGAUUUGUCGGCUAUGUCCACAGAAGAAGAGGCAGCGUUGUUAGCGGAAGCGGAAAGAGAAAUCCAACUCCUGGAGAAAGAGAGGUUGGAAAAGGACCUUGCUGGUGUGAUGGUCGAAGGACGAGAGACACAGAAUUUUCAAGAUAACGACGACGAUGAGGAGGAAGAAGAAGAAGAGGAAGCAUGGAUGAAUGGCAUGGAGGAGCAGGAGGAGGAGGAGGAGGAGGAAGGGGAGGUGGAACAGGGAGAGAGGCAUCAAGUCACUGCUGUUCAUACAUCAGCAACAGCUGCGAGUAUCAGGAGUAAUGAGAAAGAUGAUGAAGGUGAAGGCGAAGAGGUCGAGAUGGAAGGCUGUGGCAAUGUGACCAGGAGUAUUCUAUCAGGGAAGCAGGAGGAGGAGGAGGAGGAGGAUGGAGAAGGAGGUGUCCAGGAGAUUGGGGAAGAUGGUUUUGAUUGGGAGGAGGAGGAAGAGGGGAAGAUGUCUCUGAAGGCGAAGAAGGAGAGAGGUAUGCCUGCUGUAAUGCGGUGCUUUGACACUGCGAAGAUUUUUGUGAGAUCUGGUGAUGGAGGUAAUGGCGUCGUCGCUUUUCGGAGAGAGAAGUUUGUGCCGCAUGGCGGUCCAUCUGGCGGGAACGGUGGGAAUGGUGGCCAUGUCUUCAUCCAGGCUGAUAAAUCCCUCAACUCCUUGCUCCCAUUUAGGAAGAAAGUCCAUUUCCGGGCCGGCCGCGGAGCACACGGUCAAGGGAAGCGUAUGGAGGGGGCGGACGGAUCGGAAGUUGUCGUCAUUGUUCCCCCAGGCACAAUUGUACGUGAGUCUGAGGAAGGAAGAGAGGAGAGUGGAGAAGGGAAGGUCCUUGCCGAGCUUGUCCGUCAUGGGCAGAAGGAACUACUUGUCGCUGGUGGACGAGGUGGGAGAGGCAAUGCCGCGUUUAAAUCGGGAAAGAACAAAGCGCCACAAAUUGCGGAGAAAGGUGAAAUGGGAUCAGAAAAGUGGAUCGAGCUAGAGCUGAAGCUGGUUGCUGAUGUUGGGAUCGUCGGUGUCCCGAAUGCUGGCAAAAGCACAUUGCUGAGUGUCAUCAGUGCCGCUAAGCCUAAGAUUGCAGCCUAUCCAUUUACCACCUUGGUUCCGAACCUAGGAGUGGUGGAGAUCGACUUCGAGUCGUUGGUUUUUGCAGAUAUUCCAGGACUAUUGGAAGGUGCUCACACGGGGAUCGGCUUGGGUCAAGAAUUCCUGAGGCACAUAGAGAGGUGCCGUGCUCUGGUCCAUAUUGUUGAUGGAACCAGCCCUGAUCCUAUCGGCGAUUACCAUGCCAUCUGCAGUGAGCUGCAACUGUUUAAUCCACUGCUCGCCGAGAAGCCGCAAAUUGUUGUGUUCAACAAAAUGGAUGUGCCGGAGGCGGAGUCGAAAUGGCCUACUUUCCAAACUGCAAUGUCAGAGGCGGGUAUCCCUGAUGUCAGAUGCAUGAGCGCAGCCACAGGCGAGGGGACGGCAGAAAUCGUGCGAGCUGCGCGGAAUAUCCUCGUCAGAGUUCCAAAUCCUUAUGACCAGGGGGAUUACGCCAUGGCAGGUGCAGUAGACAACUCUGUCAAAAGAAGAAAACAGACAAGAAAACAAAGCCGUGUGUCCCAUCAUCAUCACUUUGCUCGUUCUGCACUAUUUUCUUUUGUCCUGAGUUUUCUCCGUGAAGCUUCUCUGUGUGCUUCCGCGAACAAAGCCAUGGCGGGCAGUGUGCAAGGGAGGUAUUAUGAAGCAGUGAAGAGAUUUGGUCAUGUUCUCAAGGCUAUUGGAGUCGAUGCGGAACUACGGAACCGGGGCAUUAAAGAGGGAGAUUUGGUGGUCAUCGGAGGGCUGGAGUUCGACUGGACAGACUCUGAAGAUUUAUCACAAACUUGGAAGAGGAGCUUCCGUGGCUCCAAGGUGUGGCCUCACUGAUGUGGAAGGAGGGGAUUGCAGAAGAGCUGAUAUGGAAGAGCCAAGGUUGUCGAUGCAAUUGAUUGAAAAUUUUAAUCCCAUCGAGAUCGAAGGUUGUGGAUCUAGUCGGGUCAGGAAUCCAAUCUAGCAUCCAAGGUUACUGAUUUCGGAUCGAGAAUCAUAUCCAGGAUCCAAGGAAUCGGAUCAAGAAUCCGAUCGAGAAUCUGAUCGAGCGAUCGAGAAUCCGAUCGAGGGAUCGAGAAUCCGACUGAGAAUCGGAUCGAGCGAUUGAAAAUCCGACCGAGAAUCCGAUCGAGAGUCCAAACAGGAAUCCGAUUGAGGAUCCAAUGUUAUGGAUUUAAUCGGAUCGAGGAUCCAACGUUAUGGAUUUGAUCGGAUCGGAAACCAAUCCAGCAUCUGAGGUUAUGGAUUGAAACUGAUCGAGUGAGAAUUGGAUCGAGGAUCCAGGUUAUGGAUUUGAUCCGAUCCAGAAUUCGAUCCAGAAUCUGAUCGAGAAUGUGAUCAACAAUUGGAUGGAGAAUCAGAUCAAGGAUCCAAGGUUUUCCCUCACGGAUGUGGAGCGUGAAUGUUUGUUUGUGAACUUGGCAAUGCGAUCCAAGAAUAUUAUCCGACUUGGGAGAAAGGGGAAUAUGAACUUGAGGUUGUUCUCGGCCAAUUCCUGCCUCUACCCUCCCUCUCCUGCACUCGCAUUGCCGGGCAAACUGAGAAAGGGGUUUGACGUCACCAGAUGGAAUGUUAAGCCAGCCUUUAGUCAUCGACAAGGUUCACUUUGUAAACAAUCAUGGUUGGUGUAUGCAAGCAUUCACGC